UAUAAUAUUUCACCGUUUGGAGCGCACUAAUCAAUCAAUUGGGCGGUCUGGAAAUAGUCGUACCACCGGCAAUAGUUCUCACUGGUAUUACACCCAACAGUCAGUGAUAGCCUCUUAUCAUCUCUUGUGUAUUCUACUGAUUGUUUUCAAUUUUCUAAGUGAAUUGAUUAAUAUAUUGACCAUUUCAUUGCCUGAAAUAUUCUUGUGAGAUGUUCAGUAAUAUUGAAAAGAUGUACCUUCGUAUACCACAAUCAUUAUACAUUGGUUGAAAAUUCACUCAGUAAACAUAACGUAUGAGAGAUAAUUUCUGAAAUACAAUAUCACUAUGGUUGGAUUUAAUAAAAAGUGGCAAUUACUUGACCUUUGUCCAUUAUCGUCUCAAUCAAGUACUAAGCGUGUAUCACUAGAAUUUAAUUCUAAAAUUAUCAAUAAAUGGCUUACGUAGUAACUAUUGAAAAUUGUCCUAUAAUGGCCAAAGACAUUAUACGGAACCUUAAGCAGAAAGCUGUUGCUUUGCGUCGGCGACUAGGAAUUGGUGUGUGUCUGCGUACCGUUUUGCUCAUAUUCUGCUUGACGUUCUUUUGGGUACAGAUGCAAAUGUCUGACGUUUCUGACAAUGAUGUUAUACAGAUAUUGUCCAAACCUGACGGACUGUUGGAUGCAAACGAUUCCAUGUUACAGCUAAUUCCACAGCAUCUUCACAAGUUUUUAGUAACCCCGUCACAACGAGAUCGUCCUCAUCAAGCCAUAUUACCUGGAAACAAUAGUAAUGAAAUUUUGGGAGCGCCUAGUUUAAAUGCUUCUGAAAUUCGUCGACUGAUUAACCAAAUUAAUGAACGACAAUAUAUACAAAACGAAGAAGUUUAUGGGCCUUUGCAAAACAACUCUCUAGUAAUUGUGAUUCAGGUCCAUACUAGGAUUAUGUACUUGCGACAUACCAUUGUGAGUUUGGCUCGAGCACAAGAUAUUGAAAACGUUUUACUGAUAUUUAGUCAUGAUCAUUACGAUGAACAAAUCAACGAACUAAUUCGCAUGAUAGAUUUCUGCAAGACCAUGCAGAUAUUCUAUCCAUAUUCAAUUCAGACACACCCAAACACGUUUCCAGGUGAAUCGCCCGAAGACUGUCCACGAGAUAUAACUAAAAAUGAAGCGAUCAAACGAAAUUGUAUUAACGCUAUGUAUCCAGACCAGUAUGGUCAUUAUCGAGAAGCUAAGUUCACACAGACUAAACAUCAUUGGUGGUGGAAAGCUAAUAGGGUUUUCAAUGAAUUGAAUGUCCUAGCUAAUUAUUCAGGUCCUAUAUUGUUUUUGGAAGAUGACCAUUUUGUGGCCGAAGACUUCAUAUAUAUGUUAAAGCUUAUGGUAAAAUCAGCAAACUCUGUAUGUCCACAAUGUAGCAUAUUAUCGUUGGGGACUUACCUGAAGACUUACAAUUUUUACGGCGAAGCUAAGAAGGACAUUUUAAGGGUUAUACGCCAACAGCAGAUAUUCGCUGCGGAGCUAAUACCACCUACUUGGAGUUUUAAAAUAGUUCCCUCAUUUACACAUUACGAUAAGGCAGAGAUAUCACAAUGGAUUAGUAGUAAGCAUAAUAUGGGAAUGGCGUACAACCGUACUAUUUGGAAAAAAAUUGUUGAUUGUGCUGAUACUUUUUGUAAAUAUGAUGAUUAUAAUUGGGACUGGAGUUUACAAAGUGUGUCUAACAAUUGUCUCAGCCAUGAGUUUACAACUUUUGUACUUAAAGCUCCUCGAGUAUUUCAUAUUGGUGAAUGUGGUGUGCACCAUAAAAAAAGUUGUUUUGAUAUGGCAUUGAUAGCAAAAGUUCAAAAAUUGCUCAAUUCAGUUACUAAAUAUUUGUAUCCAGAUAAGUUAGAAGUGGCAUAUGCUCCAGUUAAAAAGAAGGUGUUGCGUAAAGGAAAUGGUGGUUGGGGUGAUAUCCGUGAUCAUGAAUUAUGUUUACGUAUUGUAGAUCGUAAAACUUAAAACUCAGUCUUAUGUACCAAAUAAACAAGACCAAGUUCCUAUAUACUUAAGGAUUUUAAAAAUUCCUGAACUAAUUAAAUUAUUUUUAAUUAUAUAAUUUGUUAAUUUUGGUAAUACUUUAUUUUAUUUUUUGUAAAUAUUUAUGUUGCUAUGAUCAGGCUCAAUGGUUUUCUGUAAUAUAAUUUUUAAAUUAAAUCAUAAUUCUUGGCCACUAAAAUUGAUUAAAAUAAUGGUUUAAUAAAGUAUGCAUGCAAAAAAAUAUGGUAUUUUAAGCAUUAUAAAACUAAAGAUUUUUUAAUUUUAAUUUAAUUAAAAAAUAAUAACGAUAACAAUAUCUUCUAAAAUAUCUUUAAUAAGUAUGAAAAUAUUUUCAGUUCUGUUUUAAAUUUUGAAGUUGUAGAAAUAAUAAUUUUAAUAGUUUUUUUAAGAUAAAUGUAAAUAGUAAUAAAGGUACUUAUUAUAUACAGCAUAAUCCACUUUAAUCUAGUCUAGCUUAAGUCAAUGUUGAAUCAGUAAGGAGUACAACAUUUUUAUUCCCACCAAAACAAAGAAGAUUUUAUUGAAUAGUCAUUAUGUUAAGGUUAUCUUAUUUAAUUUUAAUUAAAAAGUUAUAUAUAAUAUAAUGUAUCAAAUUAAUUAUUCAGCAAUAUUCUAUACUUGUUUGGCACACAUCUUUGAGGUUUGAUUAUUUCUUCAAUAUUUCUAUUUUUUACAAGACUGAAUAUAAUUUUUGAUUUGUUAUUUUUUUAAAUAAAAUUCUCAGAUAUUAUAUAAUUCUCUGAAUCACUAUAUUUAAAUACUUUUUGCUAUACAAUGAU